CUAUUUAAGGACUGGGUAGGACCAGAGCCCACACAUAUCGGUGCGAUCGGGGUGUCACUGUUGGACUGGUCAGUUUGCUUCACACCGUAGGAGGAUGGUUGACAUUGCCUGUUUGCUGUUGGUGCUGGGAUCGUUGGGCGCUCAGGCGCGACCUCAGUACGACAACUACAACACCCUCUCCUAUAUCUCGGGAGCCGACGCACAGGCCACCAUUCUCGAGGAAGAGAACAAACCGAACGGAGGGCUCGGCAAUUACAGAUACAAGUACACCACCUCGAACGGCAUCUCCCAGUCGGAGGAGGGCCUAUUUGAGCCCGGUGUCGAGCCGGAGACGGGCAUCAUGGAGGUCUCCGGCUCCUACAGCUACGUGGACCCCAGCGGUCUGACGCGCACAGUCACCUACACGGCCGGUGUGGACGGAUUUCGCGCGCAGGGCGACGACAUCCCCACACCGGUGCCGACACAGUACCCGCUGCCGGCGGUGCCGCCACGCGAUGGAGCCGGUGCGGGUGCUCGUGAGGGCGGCGCGGGGGUGCCCGGCUUUAGUGGCUGAGGGGAACUGAUGACGCUAGAAGUGAUGCGAGCGGUGAAUUGUUGAGGCCUUAUUUUUGUGUACCUACAGAGACGCUCAUUAUUGAGCUUAUAUUCGCUUACGGUCGCUUUAUGAGCCUCAGAACGCCAUAACUUAGAAUGUAACACAGUGAUUUGUGGCUAUCCUAUCAUUCAUGAGUCAUAUGAAACGACUAUAUUAUUUUUGUACUUAUGUUCAAUAAAUCAUGCGACUCGUAGGGCGAAGCAAGCGCCAAAGUUGCCGGUUGUAGGUAUGUAUAGUGCUGUUGUGAUCAUGUCGAAUAUGGGCGCCUGCUGGCUGCUAAAUUGCUAAAAAUUAAAAAAAAAAUGGUCGACUGA